UAACGCACACACCGAAAAAAGUUUUUAGUCGGUGAUUCAACGUGCUCAGAUAGUGACACACUUCUGCGGCCGUCAGCGUGAGCCACACAUAACGACGCUGCUGCUGAUCUAGACCGCGCUGUGUGUUAUUAUUAUUUAUUUUGGUUUAUUAUUAUUUUUUUCAUAGUGAGUGUGUGUAUGUGUGUGUGUGCAGUGUGUGUUUUAUUUUUCGUUUUCGCCGGGAUAUCACACGCCAGAAUAGUUAUAGAUGUUAUUACUUUUGACGUCGCAUUGUUCGUCGGUCUCUUGUGUUCCAUCAGAUUUCUGGGAUUGGCAAGAAUGACGCGGAAUAAUCAGAUCGGGUUAUUGUUGUCGGCGCCGUCUCAGGCGCCAUUGCUGUCGUCGACGUCGUCGUAAACAAGCAGCAGGAGAGAACCAAAAAGAAAAGGAAAGAAAAAUCUAAUAAAAAGGAAGCCGCAUGAAAGUCGGAUAGAGGAGCGUAUAGCAUCAACAGCUCAUCCGGAAUCGGACAGAUAUACUUUUUGGCUUGAAAGAAAAGGAGAGAAAUUCUUUUCCGUCGCUUCCGCAUCACCAACCCGCCAUGACGACUACGACGACUUCCAUCCAGCAAGAGCCAUCCGCAUGGUGGUUAAGAAUGGCGUGCUUUUUCUUUUUCGCUGGUCUAUCAUGUUACGUGCCUCUUCUGACGGCCCAUCUCCAGUGGCUGGGAUUCGAUUUACAAGAGAUUGGAAUUAUCAAUUUAAUUGCUUCAUCUGGAGCCGGCCUUGGCCUCCUGUUGGCCGCUUCUUGGACGCCCCGAUGCGGUCAUCGAUCCAAUUUGGCUGUUGCCGUCCUCAUGGCCGCCUUCUGCGGAGCCGGUUUGGUACUCAUUCCGCGUCUCAAUGACAGACUGGGCGGUCGUCUCGAGACGGAGCGGCCCGUGGCCGAGAUUCUCUGCCGGCCCGAAGGCUCGGCCUUGUUCUUCAGGAAAUGCGGCGACACCUGCGAGCUGGACGCCGUGGCGCGGACCGAACUGUCCGUCUCCGAUUGCCGGUUUGAGCCGCAGUCGCGACUUCCCGUCAAUUUCCUCGACUGGAUCAAUCGAUUCGCCCUAACCAACGCUAAUAGCGGCAAAGCAGCCGGCGGAGUUGACGACGACCUGAGCGAGCCGGAACGAGGGGAUCUGCCACAAAAGAUCCCGAUUCAGCCAUCCGGAUCUCAAGAGCAAUUCAAUCCGACGGAUGUCGAAGCCGAUGACAAUUUGCUUCGCGGCCAAUCGGGAUCUUCGCCCUCGGGAGUCGCUCCCUACGAAUACGACUACGAUGAAAAUCAUCGGCAGGACGACGGCGUCGAGGAGAUCGAGCGCCGUCGCAAAAGGAGACAGUCGAUUCCAUUAAUGGACGACCUUGUCCAGUCGCCGCCGGCCCUCUCCAUAGACGACGAAUUCGAAAUUGCCGAGAAAGCCGAGUUGCCUUUCACUUCAUCGCCGCACAUUUGUUUCUCCAGUUACUCUUCGUCGACGACAACCUGUCAUGUCUUCACGGGGACCAAUCAUCUGUUCCGGUUCAACACGUCCUUUUAUUCGGGCAUCACUCACAACGGCCAGUGCUUCUACUCGCUGAAUUACGACGACGUCGACAAUCAGAUUCUAUCCGAGCUGCGAUGCCGAUCCAAUAAACCAAAUCAUCAGGUACGUUGCCGGGCGGAAGGGAUGAAGCUACGCGCUAGCGUGACAAGAAACGGUACGAGCACUUGUCACGGCCGAGCGCCCGAUAGCAACUUCCACUUGGUCUUCUGGCUCUACCUGAUUUUCCGUACGUGCGGAGAAAUGGCCGUCAUCGGAGCCGUUCUCCUCCUGCGGAUCGUCACGCUCAACGAAGAUCACGAACGAGUCGAGGCCGUCAGUGGAGCCAGUUGGUUGACGCAGCGACGGUCAUCGCUCAUCCUAUGGUGGAUCUGGGGUCUAUUCGGUCUAGUUGCAAUGGCGCCUCUGGCCGGAUGGAUAGCCGAUGUUGUCAGUCUAGGGAUCGCUUUCUUGCUGGGCAGCGUCAUGCUCGGACUGGCCGCCUUCUGCAUCGCCCUCUCGCCGGCUCCCGCUCAUCCAGCCCGCCCACAUCCCAUCCUGGCGGCCACUUUGGCCGUCGAAGAGGAGCCCGAAGAAUUCACCCGUGUGACUCCGCCCGUCUACCGCAUCUCGGCACGAGAUCUUCGCGCCAUUUUAUCUGAUGGGACGGCCGUUCUCAUUCUCCUGUUUAUGCUACUGUUGGGAAUGGCCGCCGCCGUCAAUCCCACCAUUCUAUAUUGGUAUUUCCUGGAAUUGGGUUCAACCAGGUUAAUGCUGGGCGCUUCCGUUUCGACCUGGCUGGUGAUGGCCCCGCUUAUCCUCCUGCUCAGCGGAUGGCUGUGGAGGCGGUGCGGCCAUCGUUACAUUUUCAUUAUCGGACUCCUAUUGUACUCGAUCCGCUUCCUCGGGUACACGAUGGUCGACCAGGUUGUGUGGCUCGUUGUCAUAGAAACGCUGGAGCCGUUUUGCAGUUUGUGGAUGUUGUUGACCGCCUCGGCUCGCAUUGAGCAACUCGAGUGUCGGAAUCGUGGCGUGGGCAUCCGCGCAGAUCGCUGGCGCUCGUGGAAAGUUAAUAGCUGGGCAUUGAUCAUUCUCUUCCACUAUUCAUUCGGACGAGCAUUGGGUGGCUUGGUGUCGUCGUUUGCGGCUCACUAUUUCGGUCUGAUGAGAGCUUUCAUAGGAGCUGCACUCAUUAGCCUUUUUGUAGCGGCUGUCUGGUUUUUCUGGAUACAUCUGAAAUCUCCCUGUCAGCAGUCGAGUCGACCAAAGAAUUUAAACACCGCCGAUGCCACCAGUCAGUUUCCCAAAGGAGAGCCACCAGCGAGCCGUCGGAAGGAAAAAGAACCGGAACGGAAACAGAAACUUCUGAAAUCUAGCCCCGUGUGAUCAUCGUAGCCAUUAGCCACCUAUGUGGUCAUUUCUCUGACCCCGAGCCUUAAUAUAAUGAUUUUUUAUCUUUUUUUCCCUUGCUCACCUCAUGCUGUCACAUUAUGUCACCUCAUGAAUCCUAACCUGCCUAAAAUAAGAAUAGAACUAACCGUUGCCUUAUAUUCUAUAUGAUAAUAUACAUAAGAAGAAAAAAAAAUGUUUGGCUGCAUAAUAUAACAUUGAGAAAUAAUAAUGAGGCUUAGAGAGUUAGAACGACGCGCACUGAUUUGGAAUACAAGAAGACUAUGGAAAGA